GUGGCAACUUUCAGUUUGUGGCAACCAACGAACGAGAGCAGUUCGCAGCAGCGGGUAGAACAAACGGCAUUAUAACGGUUCAACAACAACGCACUGGGGCAAACAGCACUUGCUGCAAGCAAGCAAGCAGAAGUGCAGGCCGAGAGCGCAAAUUGGGAGCAUCAAGGCAACGGAGCUGAAGUAAAACGCUGAUAAUAAUUAAAUGUAAUAAAGUUAAAGAAAGUGUGCAAUAAAAUCAAAUAGUUUCGUGAAAGUAGUGUAAACAACGAGCAUGUUGAGCAUGCAGUGCAAAUUCGAGCAAUAAGCAGAAGCGAAUUUGGUGCAAAAUAAAAACAGAACAAAUUUGACUACAGAUACAGACAAAAUUUUUGGAUUACGACCGAAAAAGUCGCGAAAAUCUACCAAACAACAUGUGUGAAAAGUAUUAAAAUAGUUGUGGGAAAUAUUUAAGUAAGUCACUAAGUGAGCGCUGGGGAUUGCGUGCAACGCUUCUGUGAAAUUGUUUUCAUAUCCUUAACGGAUGUUUGUGUCUUUGCUGGUUUUCUUGGGAAAUUGCCUUCGCUAGUAAAUAUUUGUGAGACAACGUAAACACAACAAAUAGCAGAAUCAUUGUCAACGCAACCAUUGUGGCGGCAGCGGCAGCACAGCCAGCAACACCAUAAGCAGCAGGAAAGGCGCCUACAAUCCCAACGCAGGCAACAACGACGGCAGCGACGAUAACAACCGACGCUUGAAAAUGUCAACACUUCCGUUCUUGUUGAGCGUCGCCGAUGAGCUCGAUAACCUCAACUCACAGUCCUACAUGGACGACUUCGGGCUGGGCUUCCAUCCGCAUCGUCAGUACUAUCGCACGCCCACCAUACAGCUGUCCUUGCCCGCCAGCACCGACUGGAUGGAGAACGAACGUUCGCAACGCUAUCGUUCACACAAAUUCGUCUUCGACACAAAAAACAAUCUAACCGCCACAGCGGAGGGUGAUGAGACGGACGCCACCGAUGAGGCUGGCAAUGGUGGUGGUGGCGCACUCGAUGCUGGUGCCGGUGGUAUGGGCGGCACAGAGAAUGCGUACACAGAUCGCUAUGGCAGCGGUGCGAGCACGUCAGCGGCCAGUCGCCAGAAGUAUACGUCGUUGCUGAAUUCCACUGAUGAGGAUGGCAACAAAAGCGGCGGCGGCAUUGGUAAGGGCAUGGGUAAGCGUGGUGAUGAAGCUGACACCAUCGACAAUACGGUGCAAAUGUAUAACUUGUCGAAGAAAUGUUGCAAGAAUUAUUAUCGACGCGGUGACGAACCGACGUCAGCCGCUUUGGCGGCCAAAGGAAAAUCCGCAGAGGGCAGCUAUCGUUUGCAUGCCAAGUGCAUGGAGGGCGCCAACUCGUCGUCGGACGAGAGUUUGCAGAAGCCCACAUCAUCUAUUGAGUUUUUGACGUGCUUCCUGGUGAAAAAGUCGCGUACACCCAAAGGUGCGGGCAUCAGCGGCGGCAGCGGUAGUGGCAAGAAAUCGUCGUAGGACACGGUUUCAAAAAGACGCAGCCAUUGUUUCUGAAUGUGUUGUUGGGGGGUGGAGGAUGUGGAGCCGGACGCCGAUGUGCGACGCAGUUGCGGGGGUUGGUUGGGUUGUUGGCGCAGUCAUUGCUGCGGUGAGCUCGAAAGUCAGUGAAGUAAUGGCAGCUGAGGCCAGGCGAAGGCGAGGCGAUCGACGAUUGACGAUUGGCGUUAGACGACGACUGACGUUUUACGCAGUCAGACGGUUUGUAAUGCACCACAGCAACAAUGCACGGUACCGACAACAAAAUGCUACGUUUUCACACUUUGUUUGGCAAUGAGUUUGCGAAGCUGUCAAGGGCGAAGCAGCAAGGACUUCGAGUUGCAGGCGUGCUUAGUGGGAUUAUUACAACAAAAUGUUAAUGUUGUUGUGGUUGAUGAAGGAAAUGCGUCGUUAUAAAGUGCAAUAGGAAGAUUUUCAUAUACUUGUUAUGAAAGCAAAGUGUAACAUGCAGUCGCAUCUAAUUUAUAAAGCUUGCAAGAUAAACAUACAUAUAAGCCUCUUCUGGACAUGCAAAUGUAUCACAUAUAGCAUGUUAAAAAGCAAAUUAGUUGUAAGUGAAAUAAUUAAUAAAAGAAAAUUUAUGUUAAAAUAAAUGAAUUAAACAUAAAAAACAACAAUAACAAUAAAGUUAGUGCGUGUUAAGUGAGUGGUGAAGUAUAAUAUUCAAUUGGUGCCUAAAUGUUAGUUUCGUAGCGUAAAAAAAACCCAAAUUGGCCACAAUGCAAAUGAACAGUUAGUCAAUGGCUGAGCAGUUUUUUGUAAACCUCGUUAGCUUUAGGUGAACAUAUUUGUAAGAGUCCUUUGCAGUAGUAAUUAUUAAGAAGCGUUGCAUGUUUUGCGUUAUAUCUAUCAAGUCAAGGAUUGCUGACUCAUCAUAGGCCAAGUUAAGGAUUUUUUAUGCGAAUGAUAACUUUUUUUUUGAGCAAACGUAAUUACAAUAAAUUAAAUUUUUUCUAAUAAAUACUAAAAUUUGAACGUUUAACGUAUACAAUUAAGACCACUUAUAAAUUGCAUUUGAUUUAUAAUUAUAUGAGCUUUCAAUACUUUAUAAAUUGUUUUCAUUUUUUAUGUGGGUUUAUCGAGGUCCGAUAUAAUAUUCAGGGAAUACCUUGACUUCAAUAUUACGUAUAUAAAUAUGCUCUACUCCAAAACACUUUAAUAAUUCAUUCUUAAGCAUGGAACAUGCUAAUUUUCCUGCGACAAAGUCGAAAUCCAAUAGAUCCGUUUAUGUUUUUAAACAUGUUAGAAAAUUUAGUUUAAGUAUUAUAUAUAUAUAAAAAGUCGUAUCAGUUUAUCUACAGACAUUUCAAGGAAAAUAUUGUAUUUACUAUACCAGAUUUUGUUUGAUUUAGGGUCGAGAAAUAAGAUAAUAGAAUAAAUUAGUUAAAAUAGGGAUUCUGUAAACCCAAACUGUCAAGACAUUCGUGGACCUUUAAACUCACUACUAAAUACAUCACGGUUCAAAGCGGAAUGGGAAUUGGAAAAUUUAAUUUUUAAUUUUUAGAGAGUCCAAUUGUCAAAAUGUGAAUUAAUUUUUUUUGAUAUACAUGCCCCUGAAGUAGGACUGUGGCAGCCGCUUAGGUUCGAGGGGUUUUUAUGAGCUUGGCGAUUUUCGUUUGUUAAAAGCUCACACUUCGUUCCUUACUCUUGAAUUCUUGGCCAAAAACAAUAAAAGAUUCCAAAGUCUCCAUAUUCGCCAGACAUGAUAAGGUGUGAUUUUUUCCACUUUCCAAAAAAUAAAGAGAACCUUGAAGGCCGUCGUCUUCCAAGCAUACAGAAAUCGCUGAAACAGCCACAGAUAUCCAAAAAAAUCGAGUUGGAGAAGUGUUUCGACAAUUGGAAGAAGUGCUGACUUAAGUGCAUUAUAUGGGGACUAUUUUAAAGAUGACAACAUUAAUGCAGACGAAUGAUGAAAUAUUAAAAAAAAGAUAUAAUUCCCGGUAUUAUUUGAACAUAUAUACUAUAGAUGUUUCUAAAAAUAAAAUGUAGUCGCUCAAUAGAUCAGCAGUGGAGCAUAUCGUUGACACUAUGACUCUUGUUAUUACCUUUAAUGUUGACUUUCGAAAUAAUUUGGUUAUAUCUAUCGUAAAUACGUUCUCGCAAUGUUAAGUCACAGAGUUUUCAGGCCAUGUGCUACAUUAAAUAUUCUAAUAUUUUCAAUAUUUCCAUUGGAAAAGACGCCUUUCUUAAAAUAAUGUACGAAGAAUUGAGAGCUCACUCCCUAUCACUUUGGGUGUAAGUGAAUUUGAUUUAAUAACGCUUUAAUAGAAAAAUUCCUUUUUAAUUUUCAUACUUUUCAAGCAGUGCAUAGAAGGCGUAGUUUUUUCUUAUACCUACUUAUAUAGUAUAAGUGUCUAAUGUCAAUCAACUAUAUUUAAAGUUUUAUCGUGGGUUUUUAUGUUUGUUCAAUAUUUGUAUAAGAAGGAACCUUUAAAGCAUAUUUAUUUCCACAAGUUGAACAGUCUUCUUGGUUCUCCUUCAAAUAUUGUUUUUAAUAGCAAUAUACAUAUGAAACAUUUCCAUAUAUUCCCAUGUAAUAUGUUUGGCCAACUGAAAGGGAAGGUAACAUUAUUUAUAUUCUAGCUGAUAUCAUACCUACAAAGUAUUUUGGGGAUGUGUUGUGCUACGGAUAGUUCAUUUUCUUCUGUAUCCUAUGCAGUAUUAUUAAAUAUUUCAAAGGCAACCGCCAGCAUUGUUAAGGAUCCUCUGAUUUAAGAUCUAAGUUGUUCAGAAGAAGGUUUCAAGUUAUGAUAAAUUCACGAUUUUUUCUCGAUAUUCAUACCGAAAAGUCAUUUAUGGCAAAGGAUUCCAGUUCUAUUGCUGUACUAACUGGAUCUUAUACAGUUCCUCCACUUAUUCCUAUUUAAUUUAUUUUAACGUUAAGGAGCACAAAUGAAAUUUUCUCGCUAAAUUUUUUAUUAUAUUCGCUGCUGAAUAAUUAAAAACAUUUCCAAUAAAUACAUAUAUUCUAAAAUUAACUGGAGAAUUGUUGAAAUUGUUAAAUUGUGCUUAUUCGGAAGGUAAUUAAAAACGCCUCAAAUAAAGAGAUUACAAAGUGCAAGAUAAAUAAUAAACCAAAAGAUAAGCAUAUUUGAUAUGCGACAUUUUUUAAAAUAAAUCAAACAACUAAAAUAAAAACAAAAAAAAAUAAAAUAAUUACAAUAAAAAAUAAUAAUUUUUGUACCUUCUUUUAUACCAAGAACCAGACACAUGUGUUUUUAUACUAACAAAUAGUAGAAUUUAGUGAUAAACAAUUGCAUAGAUUUAAUUUAAGUCAAGUUUAAGUGCACUCAAUGAGAGAAAUCUUAGUACUAUAAGGAAAUAUAAUAAUAUAAGGCAUAUAUAAUCAAAAUGUUGCAGUAGUUGAAAUGCCUAGAAAUUAGGGUCAAUGUAAUGCGAGCAUUAACAUUUAGAUAAAUUUGCAAGGAAGACAACUUUGUAAGUACACUUGUGUGCAAAAAAAAAAAAAAAUAUAAAUACAAAAGGAUUUAAACAAUGAAGAUCUUAAUGGAACAUUGCAUUGCUUUGAAGGUUGAGGUGUAUGUGUGUGGACAGGCAGUUGAAGGAAAGGCAACGGGCUUAACCUUGUUCCCCUUAAGGGACUUUAGUAGAUAUAUAUAUGUGCAUAUGUACAUAUAUUGGAAUAUAUAUGGAUAUGUGUAUAGGGUCUAAUGGGUAAUGAGUAAUACUGCAACGAGUGUUGUAGCGGUAAUUUUAUGACUCAAUGAAAGCUAUGUCAGUACUUUACAGUUGUUCAAAAGCAACAACAAAUACAAAUGUUAAGCAAAUCGCUGUCGCGAAGUGGUCUAGCGCUCGAAAAGUCUAUACGUCAGAGAGUCAAGCGUUUGACAUUUGUUCGAUUUAAUGCCAGUAAAAUUGCGAUUUGACGAAAUCAAUUUCAAGCACUCAAGCGAAAAUAUUGUCGUUGUUGUUGUUUUUAUUAGUGAAUGCAGUGAAGCGCUGCAACUCAGCAAGCGAAUCAAACGAAAUGCAAUCGAGCACUCGGCGGUGACAUGGAAUCGGUGUCACUAUUUUGUAAACAAACGCAUACAUACAUACACACAUACACAUAUACAAUGUUAUACAUAUAUCUAUUUAUAGACGCAUGUAUUGGCAUGUAUAGUAAUUUAUGAACUGAAGCAAUGCAUAAAUAAUAAAUAAAUGCUCUAAAUAAAGUGAAUUAAGUAAAUAGAGUAAAUCAAAGUGAAAUUGCAAACCAAUAAUGAACAAAAGCAAAAGCAAAGAAAAUGCUGAUGAAUAAUAUUUAUAUAGCAAAUAGCAAAGCAAAACGAUAUAUACACACACAUAGACAUGCAUUUCAGACAGACAGACACACAUAUACACUUGCAUGGUAGGCUUUCAUGCUAACAAGUCAGUGGUAAACCAAAACAAAAGCGCUUAAAGCCGGCUUAUCACGGCAACAAAUACACACAUAUUUAUAGCAAAAGAGACAAAGAAUAAUAAAAGAAGAAAAACCAAAAACAAAAACAAAAGUAAACAAGUAAAUAAAAGCAAUACAGACAAUGUUGGGGAAAAUGCUUUGGAGCCUAUUGAAAUAUUUAAGCAAAUAAAGUGGAUUAAUGGUAAAGCAAAAUGAAGUAAAGCAAAAGCGCAAAACCCGAAAUAAAACAAAAGAAAGACAUAGACUAAACAAAAACAAAAUAAAAAAGAAAAAUAAAUAGUAAAUAAAACAUAGACAAAAUAAUGUUUUUGAAAGAUUUUCCAUGAAGCUUUGCCUUUUUGUUAAAAUGGCAUUAAAGCAAUUAGCAAAAUAAAGAGAUAAAUAUUAUUGAAAAAUUGCAAAGAAAUGCAAAAAGUUAAAGAUUAAUGGUGAAACACGUAUAUAAAAAUAUAUGGACAUAUGUAUCUAAUACAUAUAAUUUUAGGUGCAAUAACCUAUUAAUUUUUGGGCACAGUGACAACUGAAAUUGUGGUUGUUUGUGUUGUAAUAAGUUUCAUAUGAAAAGUUAAUGUUAACAGAAUUUUUGAAAAAAAUUUAACCAUACAUUUAUAAGAAGAUAAAAUAGAAUGAUUUAGUAGAAUAUAUCUAAUAUAUACAAAUAUAUCAAUGCUUCUACUUUUGAAGGUCACAAACAAUUUUUCAUGGUAAACAUACAAACUAAUCAUAAAAUAUUUAUAUUAGUUUAUUUAAAUUUUUUCACAUAUUUUUUUGUUAUAAUGAGCAAAUAUUAAAACGUUCUACAGAUGAUUAUCGGACGCAUGCGGUUAUAAACAAUAGGACGACGAAAUAAGAUCUUACGAAAGCUUUGUGAAUAAUAAAAUUCCAUAUUUCAUUUGAAAUACGUGAUCUGUUAGAAAAAUCCUCAUAAGUGUUUUGUUAAUCGUUGUGGGCCUCGGUAUUAGUUCGAGUUUUGGCGAGCAAUUAUUCUUUAAUUUAUGUUAGUAGUUAUUAGCAAACAAUUUUGAGCGAAAAAAUUGUUUUCUUUCGACCAUCUUGUCUGUCUGUUAACAUGUUAUCCGGAGUUACACCUAUGUGUAUAAUAAAUACAAAUAGGUUCAAGUGAUUAAUAAUUUAUUUAUUAAUUAAUUUUUAAUUUGAAUUUUAGAGUCCUCAAUGUGGUAGAGCAAAUCAUAUUCCCUUAAACAUAAGACGAAAGUUUCAAAAAUGGACAGUUAGAUUAGAUUAAGAGUUGAGGAACACACUGCGACUUAGAAUCUAUUGUGCUCUCCUAAAAUACCAUCCAACCAGUGGCGUUAAGAAAACUUAAAAUGUUACAGGGCUGAUGGACGCGAUUAUGUCUCUUUGUGAAUAUAGAGCCCCAUCACUUGACUCCUUUACCUCGCAAUCGCCGGGCAGUCAAGGAGUAGAUGCUCAUCUCUGCUACUAGAUCACAGAACCUGCACUGAUCCGACUCUCAGUUUGUUUCUUGGGAGCGCUAUUAGUUGCUUUAAUCUUUUCCGGUUGUACCUCCUAGAAACAGUUUGUAGUGGCGAAGUCCAUGCAAGUGCAGCCUGCAGCGGUUUCUAGUUGCGCAUUCAUCUUCAUAUGACGACCAACAGUAAUGAAGGGCAAAAAAAAUCAACAGUUAAAGCUUUCGCUAGUAAUCUACCCCUUUUUUUUCUUUUUUCUAUAACACUAGCAUGUCUUGCUCUAUUCAAUAACCACAUCGACGAAAGAGAUAUUUAUUAUACAACAAAAAAGUUAUACCGCAUAGUUGAGAGCUGCUUUCAGUAUAAUGAUUCACAAGGUGUUUUAGAUUAACAUAAACUAAAUGAAAAUCGAUUAACGAUUUUUGAACAUUUACGAUUCAAAUCUAAUAGUAAUUAUGUUUGACAUUGAAUGAGAAACCAAUGAGAAACAUAGUUUUUUAUUAUUUAAUCAACAUUUAAGUAUAUAGUUUGGUUAUUAGGGCAAGAUAAAAUGUAUUUACUGAAGAUGACAAAAGAUUUUAAUCUUUGAAACAUUGAAAAUUAGUAAAGAAAUUCAAAGGUGAGCUCUUGAUCA